AUGAAAAAAUUGCUUAUUGUUUCAGGACUUACAGGAUCAGGUAAAUCACAAAUGGUUUAAAUACUAAGUGAAUAAUUAAAAACAAAAGUUAUACCAGUUGAUUCAUUAUAAGUAUGUAGUAUUAUAUUAAUUAUAGAUUUAUAAGAAUUGGCCAAUAUCUAGUAAUUGGCCUAAAAAAUUAAAUAAUUAUGAAUUAAUAGGAAAAUAUGAUGGAUUAAAAUAGACUAUUUCAAGUUAUCAUUUUAAAAAGGAUGUCAUGGAGAUUUUAAAAUAAAAAGAUAAUCCUAUAUUAGAAGGAGGAUGUUGUUUCUUUAUGAAUUAUUUAUUAAAUUCAAGGAAAGAAUAAUUUGAAGAAGAUUAAAUAAAAGCUGCAGAUUUAGAAGCAUAAAAAUUAUUGGAAAAUUGUGGAGAUCCAUAAGCUCUAUUGAAAUAACAUUUCAAAAAUUAUGAUGAUUCAAUUAAUACAUCAGAUAGAUAUCGAAUUUAAAAAGCUUUGAGAUUUGCUUUAUUAACAAAAGGAGAAUCUAUUACAUCUCCAUUCAAUUAAGAAGAUCCUAGAUUAUGUGAUGAAAUGGAUAUUAGAGGGUUCUUUUUUACAGAACCUUAAGAAAAUAUUUCGAAAAAGAUUUAUGCAAGGUAAAUCUUCGUUGUUUUAGUAUCAGGUGUGAUGAAAUGAUUCGAUAAGGAGUAAUAGAAGAAUUUUAUUAAUUUUAUUAAAUGUUAGAAUAAACAGAAUUUCGUGUUACUACACCUUUAGGAUAUGAUGAAUUUGUGAAUUUAUUAAAAUGCUUUUAAAAUAUUUUUGAAGGAAGAUAUAUAUCCAAUAGAAGAGCAGAAAAAUAAAAGAGAGAAUAUGUUUUAAAAUUCAUUUAAUAAUUCUAUAUAAAAUCUAGAUAAUAUGCUGCAUAUUAACGCAAAUAUUUCAGAUCUAAUUUAAAUUAAUUCUUAUGGUUAGACAACAGAACUUUAAAUUUACAAUAAUUAAUUUUAUAAUAUUAUAAUUGUGAUCGAUAAGAAUAUGAAUCUAAAGUAGUUUCACCAUAAAAUGAAUAAUUCAAAAAUGAAUUAAGCUCAAAAUUACUUGGUAAAUAGAAUGAUCCAAUACCACCAAAAGAAAUAUAAGAAAUAGUAUAUAAGGCAGUUUAGACAAUUAUAGAAUAAUGA